GCUCCAGGUCUUAAGCAACAUGGGAAGAGAAGACUAAAGUUCCAUCAUGAUCGGAGGCUUAUUCAUCUAUAAUCACAAAGGAGAGGUUUUAAUCUCUCGAGUCUACCGGGAUGACAUUGGCAAUAGGCGGAAUGCCGUCGACGCCUUCCGCGUCAAUGUCAUCCACGCACGGCAGCAGGUACGCUCGCCUGUCACCAACAUCGCCCGCACAAGUUUCUUCCAUGUCAAGCGUUCCAACAUCUGGCUGGCUGCUGUCACCAAGCAGAAUGUCAACGCUGCCAUGGUUUUCGAGUUUCUUUACAAGAUGUGUGACGUGAUGACUGCCUACUUUGGGAAGAUCAGUGAGGAGAACAUAAAGAACAACUUUGUGCUGAUCUAUGAGCUACUGGAUGAAAUCCUGGACUUUGGCUAUCCUCAGAACUCUGAAACAGGGGCCCUGAAGACCUUCAUCACUCAGCAAGGCAUCAAGAGUCAGCAUCAGACUAAGGAAGAGCAGUCCCAGAUCACCAGCCAGGUGACUGGACAGAUUGGAUGGAGACGUGAAGGGAUCAAAUAUCGUCGUAAUGAACUCUUUCUUGAUGUGCUGGAGAGUGUGAAUCUCUUGAUGUCCCCGCAGGGUCAGGUUUUGAGUGCCCAUGUCUCUGGCAGAGUGGUGAUGAAGAGUUACCUGAGUGGAAUGCCAGAGUGCAAGUUCGGCAUGAAUGACAAGAUUGUCAUUGAAAAACAGGGCAAAGGGACUGCGGAUGAAACGGGGAAAAGUGGCAAACAGUCAAUCGCCAUCGACGACUGCACUUUCCACCAGUGCGUGAGGCUCAGCAAGUUUGAUUCUGAGAGGAGCAUCAGCUUCAUUCCGCCAGACGGAGAGUUUGAGCUCAUGAGAUACCGAACCACUAAGGACAUUAUCCUUCCCUUCCGUGUGAUCCCACUGGUGCGGGAGGUGGGUCGGACCAAACUGGAAGUGAAGGUUGUGAUCAAGUCAAAUUUCAAACCUUCCUUGCUGGCCCAGAAGAUAGAGGUCCGGAUCCCCACGCCCCUCAAUACCAGUGGAGUGCAAGUCAUCUGUAUGAAAGGGAAGGCAAAGUACAAGGCCAGUGAGAAUGCCAUUGUCUGGAAGAUAAAGCGUAUGGCUGGAAUGAAGGAAUCCCAGAUCAGCGCGGAGAUUGAACUGCUGCCCACCAAUGACAAGAAGAAGUGGGCUCGGCCCCCUAUCUCCAUGAACUUUGAG